AUGGCGCAAACACGCGGCGCAACCGGCCACUCCAAGCCAAGAGUCUUUGCCACCGUCUCGACCGAGCCUGUGCGCAAACGCAAGACGACGGCUACCACCACGGACGGCGCCACCAAGAAGCGCAGGAGCGCUCCAAAGAAGGCGGGCGCAACAACCACCGGCGCAGGUGUCACGAAGAAACGUGCGCCGGCGACGCACCACAAGAGAAAGCCCACAAUUGCGGACAAGGUCGAGGGCGCGGUGGAGAAAGUCAUCGGGACCGUCGAGGGAAAGCCCGGCAAGAAGGCUGCAGGCACGAAGAAGAUCAAAGGCACAGACGGGAAAGGCAGCAAAGUGUCCAAGAACACCGCGAGGGUCGAAGUAUCCUAG